AAACCCUCCCUACCAGUCCUAUCCAAAUUCUUUUUUCCUCCGUGCGGAAGCGAGAGUAAUAAAUUAACCCAAAAAAAAAAAAGAAAAAGAAAAAGAAAAAGAGAGAACCCGCCCUCGCCCCCGGAUUGGGAUCGCCAUUAGGGUUAGGGUUAGGGUUAGGGUUUCCGAUCGUGGGGGGAGGAAGAUGACGGGGAAGGCGAAGCCGAAGAAGCACACCGCGAAGGAGAUCGCGGCGAAGGUCGACGCGGCGACGACGAACCGCGGCGGGGGCAAAGCGGGGCAAGCGGAUCGGCUCGGCCAGGUCAAGGGCGGCCACGCGAAGUUCGAGUGCCCGCACUGCAAAACCACCGCCCCCGACGCCAAAUCCAUGCAGAUUCACCACGAAGCGCGGCACCCCAAGCUCCCCUACGACGAAUCCAAGCUCAUCAACCUCCACGCCUCCCUCGCCCCCGAAACCUCCUCCUCCAAGCCCAAGCCCGGGAUCCGCGGCAGCUUCAAGAAGUAGCAGAAGCUCUGAUUCUCGCUGCAGCAGCUCCUAAAUCGUUAUAUAUUCCGUCGCUCCUCGGUUGUGUGUGAUCUAGUAGUUUCCGCGGUUAUCUGUGUGGCUCUUAUGUCUCGCAUGUACUUAGUAUCGGUAUCGGUAGCGAUAUAUACAAUAUCGGAUGCUUGGAACGUUUCUGUGUCACCCUCUUGAGCUCAGUGCCUACGCUUCUGCGCUGUGCUAUUAAUUAUAGUUCUUGGAUCGUGUUUGCGCAUGCAUGGAUUUAUAGUAUAAAUUACCUAUAUUUUGUUAUCUUGUUUGUACUGUA